GGUCACUCUGUGUAGCACGUGUAGUUGUGGGCACGUUGCUUGAUUUUUGUUAUUUAAAACGAUUAAUUACAGAUUUUAGUCAUGGUUCCGAAUGAGAAAAGUUUCCCCCGAGGUGGGACAGUCCACGCCGAGGCGAAAUCAGCCGACAGCAACUCGAAUAUAGUAUUUGGUGCGUCGCAGAAGAAAACGAAAAAGGCUCCAAAGCCGAAAGACAACUUUCUCAAGGAACUCACCGAGGACAACAAUGAGCAGCUGGAAGCGUUCUCCGCGGAAACGCUCAACAUGGAUACGUUGCAGGAGGACAUGCUGGUCAUGGGAGUGGUCAAGGAGACGAGCGCCACUACGCUGCAGAUCGCUCUGCCCGGCCGGAUGUAUGCACGCACUCUGGUGGCGGACAUAUCGGAAGCAUACACGCGCGUGGCGAAGUCGGCCAUGUCGGGCGACACCAGUGAAUACCACGACCUCACAGAACUCUUCCCGGUGGGACGUAUCGUCUACGGCAAGGCCAUUAAAACAGAAAAGCUGGACAGUAACCGCAUCUCGCUGCUGCUCUCCCUUAAGCCGGCCGACGUUCAUGGUAGCCUACACCACAAGAGCAUCAAGAAGGGCUUCAUCUUCUCCGGCGCCGUGUCGGAGAUUCAGGAGCACGGCUACGUGAUCGAAACGGGAGUACAAGGACUGCAGGCCUUUGUGCCCUGCGAGGAACAGAAUCAGACGCUUCAUGUGGGUCAGUUGGCUUUCCUAAAAAUCAAGCAGGUCAAGCACGACGCCCACCAGAGCACUUGCACCUGUGUCCAAGUGGAUCAGGACCAAAUCAAAAUUAAGAGCCAGAACGAAACCAAUUUGGACUACAUUCUGCCGGGCAGCAUUGUCCGCUUCAAGGUGGACAAGCAUUUAAAAGACGGCCUCAAGGGCAGCAUCAUGAACGAAUCCUUCAGCGCCUAUGUCAAUGAGCACCAUCUGGGCAACGCGUUGGAAACCGUGGAUGCCUACGACCUUAAUGAGGAAUACAACGCCAGGGUGCUCUACGUGAUGCCCCUAACAAAACUGGUAUACUUGACCCUCAAUCUGGACAUCAAGGUUGAAGCCGAUGUGCAAAGCAGAGAUGAGGAAAACGAAGAGAAGAGAGAACCCAUCAAGGUGGGCUCCGUGGUGGAGAAGAGCAAGGUCCUGCGGCUGGGCAGUGGUGGAGUGCUGCUGCUGCUCAACAAGCAUGUGGCUGGCAUCAUAUCCUACGGCUCCAUCCGGGCCAAUUUCAAAGGAAACUACGACAAGGACGAAGUGCUAUCCAAGUAUGCACGAAGGACCAAGCACAAGGUGCGCGUUCUUGGCUACGAUGUCAUCGAAUCCCUGUACUACUGCUCGGACGAUCCCAACUUGGUCAACGAGAAAGUCUACAGCCUGGAGGAUAUCAAACCGGGAGACCUGGUCACAGCCAAAGUGUUCCGCAAGGACGACAAGAUCAAAGGCUGGGCGGUGAAGAUCGGCAAGGUCAACGGCAUACUGGAGCAGUUCUACCUGGCGCCUAAUGUCCGUUAUGAUGUGGGCCAGCAGCUAAAGUGCCGGGUCCUCGAAGUGGACACAGACCGCAAAGUCUGCUACCUGAGCAACCGCAGCGAGUAUUUGGCCAAGGGAUUGAAUCUCCUCACGGAUUACACGGCCGCCCAGGCGGACAACGUGUACACCGGCACUGUGGUCCGGUGCGAGGUUAACUACGUGCUCGUCAAGUUUGGCAAUGGCAUCAAGGGAGUUCUCCACAGAAAAAACCUAAAGGGUCAGAGCACCUUCUUCGAGGGACAGACCACGAAAUUUCGCAUUUUGAGCCGCAGCAAGGAUCAAAUCAUCCUGACUCUGCCCGAGGACAAGUUCAAGCUGGGCGAAAUCUGUCCCGUUGAGGUAACCAAUGUCUUGGACGCUGGAUUGGAGAUUAAAAUCACUUGUGCCUCUGAAGACGACGAUGAAGACGAGGAGGGGAACCCCAAGCUGGAGGAGUUUAUGGGUCUCGUACCGUUAAGACUGCUCUCCGAUUACCCUGAGCUUAUGCACGCCCAGUUGCGAGUUCAUCCUGCUGGCACCUUCACCGGGGCCGUGUGCAUCGAUCAGAACAUCUUCAGUAUCCGCGAUGUCCCUUACUUCAGCAAUCAACUUACCAAGGAUUGGUCAUCGGUGCAAGUGGGCGACAUCCUACGCUCCUACGUCAAGCAAGUCAACGAUCAGGUGGUGGACCUCAUGGUGUGCGUUCGCAACUACAACAAGCCGGUGAAGGUGCACGUUAAGAUGCUUCGUUUGAAUGUUGUAAAGAACGCGUCUGUGAAUUUGGAACUCGAUCAGCUGUUGCUAGUGAAGGUGCUCAGCAAGGAGGCGGAAACCAAGACCCUAACGGUGUCCGCCAAGCUCACCGAUGUCUGGAACGGCGAUUUAAAAGGCACAGCCAAGGUGGUUGAAGAAUUUUUGGAUGAAGUGAAGGUGAUUAGGAAAUCACUAAAGGAUAAAUCCACCCCCAUCGCCAAGUACUCCAUCGGCGAUAAGAUUAGCGUGGUAUUUAAGGGCAUCGAUCCGCAUACCCAUAACUGGAAAUACAAUGUAGAGGACCCUGAAGCUGGCAAUCUAAGCGCUCUUCUGCUCUCCAGUCUCACUGGCACAGCAACGCCUCCCCAGGUGGGCAGCAAGCAACCGGCGGUGAUCCUGUGGAUUGACUAUUCCAGCAAUGAACUGCUGAUAAGCAACAAGAAGCAUGACAUUGAGCACAUUUCGAAAAGCGGUGAGCUGCCCAAGAAUCUGGUCGGUAGAGCCGGCAUGAAGGCCAAGGUGCUGCUGAAACUGGAGACCGUGGCUAUAUGCUCGCUGAAGAAGGGAACCAAUCCGUUGGUCAUCUGUCCCAUUCGCCUACAUCAGAACGACAUCGAAAACACUGGCAGCGUGGACCUCCGACAGGGUGAUUUCUGCAAUAUUGCCUUCAUACACGAUAAGCUGCCCAUCGCCGUUCCCGAAAAUGUUUGGCGCAUCUGGAGAGAUGCGAAGCGAGCGGCAACUGAAGAGGAAAUCGUUGUAAAGGCCAAAAAGGCAAAACUGGAUGAAACCUCCGCAAAGAAGGUCAAGACUGAGGAGACGACUACAAAGAAGAAGGCCAAAACGGAGGAGAAAUUGUCAAAGAAAAAGGCCAAAGCGGAAGCCAUAGCCACGAAGCGAAAGCUGGAGGAGGACGAAAAGACCACCAAGGGCCAAAAGAAGACGCAAUCCCUGACAAAUGGCAUUGUGAAGGAGAAAUCCAUGCAAAAUGGUCUGCUCUUUUUCGAGGACAAAAAACCAUUCAAGAGUGCCAAGACUGAGACACCAAAAACCAAUGGAGUCGAGGCCAAAACGCGUUUGCCCGGUGUGUCCAGCUUUUGGGAGAGCGAUCAGCAGCAGGCAGCUUCCAGUGACGAAGAUGAAGACCAAGAAGAUGCAGCAGAUGUCCAGCCGGCGAAAAAGAAGCGAUUGAGUGCCAAGGAGAAGGCAAAGGCGGAGGUAAAGGAAGAGCAGCGGCUCCGAGAGAUUGAAGAGCGCAAUGCCGAUCCCAAGGCGCGCCUGGAGACCAUUGACCAGUACGAGCGACUGGUUAUAGCCCAGCCAAACAAUAGCAUUUCCUGGUUGAAAUACAUAGCCUUCCUUCUGUCCAACACGGAGAUUGAAAAGGCUCGCGACUUGGCCCGCCGGGCCAUUUCAACGAUAUCCUUCCGGGAGACCCAGGAACUGAGGAACGUGUGGAGUGCCCUGCUCAACAUUGAGCUUGUCUACAGCAGCAAUUUCGAUGAUGUCCUGAAGGAAGCCCUCAAUUGCAACGAUCCCUUGGAGAUUUACAUAAGUGUCAUUGAUAUUCUAAAGAAAAAUAAGCAGAAGGAACGGCUCACAUCCCUGCUGACCACCAUCCUUAACAAGUUCAAGGCCGAGGUGAGGGUGUGGCCCGUGGCAGCCGAGGCCUACUUUUGGCUGGGGAAGUCCGACCAAGUGCAUGCCUUGCUCCAGCGAGCCCUGCGAGUACUGCCAAAUCAACAACACAUCAACUGUAUUGUGUCCUUUGCCAAGCUGUAUGCCAAGAACGAUGCCAACGACAUGGCUCAGACACUGCUCGACGAUGUGGUCACUUCCUAUCCGAAGCGAAUUGACAUCUGGUCGGUGUAUGUCGACAUGCUGAUCAAGGCGGAUCUCAUAGACUCGGCGAGAAACGUCCUGGAACGUGCUGUACUUCAGAAGCUGAAACCCAACAAGAUGCAGGUUAUCUACAAAAAGUAUCUGCAGCUGGAGGAGACCCACGGCACGGAAGCAACGGUGGCUAAGGUGAAGCGGCAGGCAGAGGAAUGGGUGAAGAACUACGCCAAGGCGGUCAAGUAGUUGGAGCGCCAUCCACUCACCACAUCCUUCCCCUAACUUAUAGAUCGUAAAUAGAGAUUAGAGAAUAUUUACAUGCAGAGUUACAGUUUUUUUCAUGAUACUUUAUUCUAAAACUAUUUUAAAUGAAGUGUGAUUCCGAGUGCUACCUUUGUAAUAUAUAUGUAUGAUAGUACCUAUAUAUUAUAGAAAUACAGAUAAACCCCGCCCUACACAUAGUACGUAGGGCGGAGGCCAAUGAUCAGCCCAA